AUGGUCAAAACCGAGUGUAGUUGCUCUUCUCUCCCUAAGCCUGAGUCACCCUCUUCAGUUGUUCCUUAUCCUGGUUUCUCUCCAAUCCCAGUUGUUAAUCGUUACAGUCCUUUAGGUACCACGGUUGGCCAAUUUCACCCAAAUUAUCAAUCUGCCUUUGUUUCCAGCUAUGAUCCCUUUCAGCUUUCUUCAACCGCUACUCCUGUCUCUUCCUACCCUAAAUCAUCUCCUUAUGUUCAUAAGAGUAGUUCUAAUCUUUUUAUCAUUGAGCCUCAUAUUCCUGAAAUAAUGAGUCCUGCCAUGAUUGCAAAAGAGCAUUUCCCCAGUGGUUUUCGUUUCCUGCCACAAAGUCCUUAUACACCUUAA